AAAUGAGACGACGAAGCAGCAAGACUCCCGCCGCAGGACUGCUUCCUUCGUAUGAUCGUAUCCUACGUCCUGACCCCAGCCCGCCCGCGGUCUCCUACAAAUCCCCGUGCCCGACUGCCCGUAGCCCCCCCAAGCUCCGGCCUCCGGCUGCCCCGCCCCCGCGACAGCGACUCCGCCCCCAGACCUCGUCAACCCGCCGCCCGCACGUCACUCCACUAACGUGUCCCCCCGGCCCACCAUACCCGAUGGUUCCCCGCCACCCCACGACCUUGACCUCGCCCGGGCCGCGCCGUCGCUGUCCCCGCGCCUGCAGCCCCCGCACGCAGCCCCACCCCCGACGCCACACACUCGCACACACUACCGGACCAGGGCGACCAGAACGCUGCGACGGGCUGCGCUGCGCAGUCCACGCCACGCCACGCCGCACGGCAGGCCGACGGAAUAGUACCGUGCCGUUGGCGGCACGUACAGCAGUUCAGGCCGGCCUUCCCCUCGCGGCUCUGUCCGUUAUAAUCCGCACGACCGCACGCACGGUGCAGAAGUAAGGGCUGGGACCACCGGACGACGAUGCGGGGCUCCUCGGGCGCGCGCAUGACCGCGCAGGACGCGGCGGAGGCGGCGGUGGGCGCGGUCGGGUGCGGCUACGACCUGACGGGGGACCUCCGCCUGGGCCGCGCCAAGCCUGGUGGCCGGCUGGUGGACCUCGACGGCGCCGGGAAGGGCCCGGGGACGUCCCAGUCCGCGUCCCCGUCGCCGCGGGAGCUGGCGUUCCCCGGCGGGGCCGCCGUGGCGGGCGUGCCGGCCGGGGUCGUCGCCGGCAAGGGCGAGCGCGCGCGGUUCCGCUCCGACGUGCUCCCCUUCGCGCAGAUGGCGGAGGAGGUGAACCGGUCGCUGUCGCUGCCCGCCAGCAAGAUCCCCUCGGGCGCCUUCAACGCCAUGUUCGACUACCGCGGGUGCUGGCACCGCGACGCCGCCGCCACGCGCAGCCUCUGCUUCGACGCCCGCCUCGUCGAGCUCUACAGCGUCGAGGCCGUGCGCGCCAGCCUCGCCCUCAGGGACCACGUCAGGCGGGACCUCCCGCCCGUCUGGGACCCCGCCGCGCUCGCCGAGUUCAUCGACAAGUACGGGACUCACGUCAUCGUCGGGGUGAAGAUGGGAGGCAAGGACGUGGUGUGCGUGAAGCAGCUCAAGGGCUCCAGCCUCACGCAGAGCGACGUGCAGGCCCGGCUCAAGGAGCUCGCCGACGACAGGUUCUCGGAGGAUUCCACAGCAAGUUCCAAUUCUUCCACCGCGGGAGGCGGCAGGUUGUCGCAGGGGCUAAACGUUGGGCCCGGAUCGGCCGCCUGGCAGUCCUUCAGAUCACCCGUCGUGUCUCACAAGGAUAACGUGGUGGGAUCCUCGCAGGACAUGGUGUGCAUUCACGUCAGGAGAGGCGGCGUCGACAGCGGCCAGGGCCACGGCAAGUGGCUCUCCACCAUCACCGGCUUCCCGGACGUCAUCUCCAUGUCGUUCGUGCCCAUAACGAGCCUGCUCACCGGCGUCCGGGGCAGCGGCUUCCUCAACCACGCGGUGAACCUCUACCUCAGAUACAAGCCGGCCAUAGAGGAGCUGCAGCAGUUUCUCGAGUUCCAGGUGCCUCGGCUCUGGGCUCCAGAGUUCGGUCAGCUCCCGCUCUCCCUCCAGAGGCGGAAGAACAUCCUGCCGUCUCUCCAGUUCACCCUCAUGGGCCCUAAACUUCACGUCAACACUGCCAAGGUCGACUCCUGCCUCCGCCCGGUGACCGGCAUCCGGCUGUUCCUGGAAGGCAAGAAGAGCGACCAGCUGGGCGUCCACCUGCAGCACCUGUCGGCGACGCCCGGCGCGAUCACGGUGCUCGGCGAGGCCGCGUCCUCGGCGGACGACGCGGCCGCCGUGAACGAGCGCGCCUACAUCGAGCCCGUCCGGUCGCCGCUGCUCUCGCACAUCUGCACGGCGCCCGUGCAGUACAACGGCGCGCUUAUCGACGACUGCGCCGCCAUCGUCACCAGCGCCUGGCUCGAGGUGCGGGACGCCUGCUGCCUCAAGAAGGUGCUCUUCCUGCGCCUCGGCUUCUCCGGCGUCGCGGACAUGAAGAUCCGCCGCUCCGAGUGGGGCGGGGCCCUGGUCGCGCCGCGCAGGUCCGGGUCGCUGUCGGCGCGCCUCAGCGCCGCGCUGUCCGGUGGCCUGGCGCCGGCGCCGCCGGCGGUGGAGGAGAAGGUGGAGGUCAACUCCGCCAUAUUCCCCAAGGGCCCGCCGGUGCCGCUCCCGGUUCAGAAGAUGGCCAGGCACAUCGACACCACCGAGGUGAGCAGGGGCCCCGACGACCUGCCGGGCUACUGGGUCGUCACCGGCGCCAAGCUCUGCAUGGAAGGCGGCAAGGUUGCGCUCAAGGUCAAGUACUCGUUGCUCAUCGCAGUGCAAGAGGACCCUGAAGGACACUGACGCUUUGAGGCCUCCAUUGCCGUCGUCGACGCCUCAACUCUCUCUGUCUGUGUUGUGUUGCGGCGGUGUAAAGUUCAGUUGUGGGCAACUACGUUGUACAGAAUACAGUGUGCCCAGAGGCUGAUGUUUUUUUGGUUUGUUCACUCAGUUCUUGCAAAUCUAGGAACAGUUUAGGUUUAGAUAUAAUACUGAGAAAUUACCUGAUUCGAUUGAGCAUUCAAUACAUGAAAAAUUAGUGCCGGCUGCAUCUGCAA